AUGGAUGCCACCACAUUAGCCCACAGAAAAAAUUUAAAAACCUGGACCAACAACCUACAACAGAUGGCAUCUGAUAAUGUAUUGCACAUUCCGUACAGCUCCCAUAAAGACAGAGUGGUGAUAAGUGAUCCAUACACCAGGUUACUGCUGAGGCGAUAUGCUGGUGAGCAACCACUACUGAUAGAGGCAGAAGUAACAAAACUGUUUGACCUCCUUGGAUACCACAACAAGGAGCUCCAGGCUUUAGUGCAGUCAUUUGGGAGGUCUGAAAUAGCACCACCACCAUACAGACCCUUCCUAAAAAAUUUGGCUUUGGACAGUCCAAUAUGUGGCAUGUUCCAUCCAUCUGACCACCUACAACAGAUCAUACAGAAAAUGAAAAUAAAAGAUCCAAAGUCAUCGCCAGAGUUACUCGAGGAGCUGCAAAUGCAGUUACCAUUGGUUUACAAGUUGGUGUGUUCAAUCAACCAUACCCCAUACCAUUUGGUGGAAUUGCUAGAGUCCUUAGUUGAAAAAGCAGCAAACAGUUACCCUGAAAACACCACUGCCACUUCUUUGAUGGACAAUCACCUUCUCAAGGACAGCUUUUUCCCAUCACUCCUACCAUUAAGAUCUCGAGGGACCUACAAGAUGGAUUUUACAACUAAUAAAAAGGGCAAAUACGAAUGCACAAAGAGCAAAGGACACCCUAGUUUGCUACCUGGUGUUUUCUGCCUCUUCUGUGAACAUGGAGUUUGCUAUGGAUAUGAGUUGAUGGAUUCUAGUGAAUCUCCAAAUGUUCCAUUUACAUUGAUAUUAACUCGGUUCAAAAAAGCUCCAUCUAUGGUCAUUUACGACAACGCUUGUAGGAUGCACUCCUACUGUCUGAACAGGCAUCCUGAUUUCUUCAAAGACACAUGGUUUCUAGUCGAUCGACUGCAUUGGUUUAACCAUCGAGGGUGUAAUGAUGGGUACAACCUAAAUGAAUAUGUGCAAUUCAAUACCAUAAACAGUCAGGCUGCAGAGCAAUGCAACAGUUCCCUAGGAAAACUUAAAUCAAUGCUUUCUUACAUGACAAAUUACAACUUUCAUCUUCAUUGCAAGUUCUACCUGUGGGUUCUUAAUAAAAGAAAACAGAAUGCUAACAAGUGAUUAUGUGAAAAAGAUUUCCAAAAAUUUGUUGA